UUAAUUCUUAGCUUUCUUUCAUAUGAAACAGCAACCAGGAACAACAGAAGCUUAUCGCGAACUCUUCAAAGAUCUGAUGCAGGCGAAGUUGAAAUAUCAGCAGACAAUGGACUCAUUACUAGGAGGCAGCCAAAAUUCCCAGAUCCAUACUGUAGAUGGUAUUGUUGGACAAAAUGGAGAGCCACUGGAUACUACUACUGGUGAUGGCACGGGAGACACCUGGCCAGUGCCAAGGACUGUCACAGUUACAGCUCCAACAGUACCAAGUGCUACACUACCCACAGUUUCUGCUACUACUACAGUAACUACCAUUGCAGCAUCACAAGUACAGCAAAAUCCUGGAACUGCUGCUGCUGCCACAUCAACUGCAGACGGUAAUAAUCAGGAAACAAGCAUCUUUAUUGAAGCCAUGGAAGCUAUACUUAACUCACAGAUGUAGGCUUAAUCUCGGAGUAGGACUUAAUAAAUCUUCAAAUAAAAGCUUUGAGCAAUCAGAGCUCUAGAGUAGAAGGUAACUUUUUAUUAAGCUUUCAUAAAUUCUCCUUGAGGGUAAAUAUGAAGUGCUU